AUGCCAAAAAUUUGAACCAAAUGUGGAAAAUAAUAUCCUCAUUUAUAUAAGAGGAAAAUACAAAUCAAAAAGAAGAGUGAAAAUUUUUUUUGCUUAUAAGCAUCUACAAAAUCGAUAUCUACAGUUACGUAGAAACAACUCACACCGCAUCACCGCCAUCUUCACCAGUUAUAAACAUUGAACUCGUACUGUCAUCGUCGUCUUCAUUGUUGUUACCGUCAUGUCAUUCUUAGCUAAAUUGAAAUCAACACCAUUACCUCCUCUUCCACCUAUUAAAAAUAUAUUGAAUGUUGCCGUGCAAACAGCUCGACAGCAUAUGCCAGAGAAAAAGGACUACGAACAGCCAGCAGGUACUACAUCUCAGCAACAGUUCGCCAGUCAUACGCGGGAAAUGUUUAAUUCCAAUGAUGAAAAUGCUACAGAUUUAACUAAACAAGAUAGAGGUACGGAGUUAAAUCCAUUUCGUAAUCCAAAUGGAUGGAUGGAUACCAACAAUGCUGAUUACAAAACAGAGGAAUAUCAAACGUCAUUCGUAGUUAAUGAAUAUGAUGGCAGAUAUCAGCAAACAGAUGGAUUUCGACAGGAUAGUGUGAAAUCCGAUGGAAGUUCUUUUGUAUGCGAAGGUGAAGGUGGCGGUGGUUCUAAAAUUGAUGAAAUGCAAGCUGCUUGGAAUGUUACGAAUGCCAUACAGGGAAUGUUUAUCGUUUCAUUACCGUUUGCUGUACUCCACGGUGGUUAUUGGGCAAUCAUAGCCAUGGUUGGAAUUGCACAUAUAUGUUGCUACACGGGUAAAGUACUAGUACAAUGUCUAUAUGAGCCAGAUCCAAGCACGGGACAAUUGGUACGUGUACGUGAUAGCUAUGUAGCCAUAGCUAAGGUAUGUUUUGGGCCAAAAUUAGGUGCACGUGCAGUUAGUAUUGCACAAUUAAUUGAAUUACUAAUGACCUGUAUAUUGUAUGUUGUAGUAUGUGGUGAUUUGUUGGCAGGCACUUAUCCUCAAGGAUCUUUUGAUUCCAGAUCUUGGAUGAUGUUUGUAGGCAUAUUUUUAUUGCCUAUGGGUUUUUUGAAGUCACUCAAAAUGGUAUCCACAUUAUCUUUUUGGUGUACAAUGUCACAUAUUGUCAUUAAUGCAGUAAUACUUGGUUAUUGUAUUUUACAAAUCGGUGAUUGGGGUUGGUCGAAAGUACGAUGGAGUCUUGAUAUGGAAAAUUUUCCAAUAUCACUUGGUGUUAUAGUUUUCUCAUAUACAUCACAAAUUUUUUUGCCAACACUAGAGGGAAAUAUGAUAGAUCGUUCAAAAUUUAAUUGGAUGCUUGAUUGGUCACAUAUCGCAGCGGCCAUUUUUAAAGCAGGUUUCGGUUAUAUAUGCUUUCUUACCUUUCAAAAUGAUACCCAACAAGUUAUUACAAAUAAUUUACAUUCACAAGGUUUUAAGGGUUUAGUUAACUUCUUUUUGGUAAUAAAAGCUAUUCUUAGCUAUCCAUUACCCUAUUAUGCUGCUUGUGAAUUACUAGAACGUAACUUUUUUCGUGGUCCACCAAAAACAAGAUUUCCAACAAUUUGGCAUCUCGAUGGUGGACUUAAAGUAUGGGGCUUAGGCUUUAGAGUUGGUGUAAUAGUAUCUACAAUAAUGAUGGCUAUAUUCAUACCACAUUUUUCUAUUUUAAUGGGUUUCAUUGGUAGUUUUACUGGUACUAUGUUAAGUUUUAUUUGGCCAUGUUAUUUUCAUUUAAAGAUCAAAGGACAUCUUUUGGAUCAAAAGGAAAUUGCAAAAGACUACCUCAUUAUAGGUUUGGGGGUUUUAUUCGGCGUAAUUGGUAUUUACGAUUCUGGAAACGCUUUAAUAAAUGCGUUUGAAAUAGGUCUUCCAUUUUAAAAAGAAUACUAUAUACAUAUAUAUAU